AUUUGAAAACAUAGUUCUAUGGCAAACUUUACCUUUCUUUUUGUUUUAUUGGUGUUAUCGUCUCCGAGAUGGUUUAUCUGAGAGAAGGGAAAAGAAAAGGUUUUAAGUUCUUGUUGUCAAAUGGCCAACAUCCAACCAACCAGAUCCAGGGGGGAAGGAACAGAAGAGGUCAAAACAAUCAUGAUAUCAAACCUUACUCUUCUUUAAAGCCAAGGGGGAGGAAGAACUUGCCGGGCCGCCACGGAGCUGUCCGCUUCGCCGUGCCGGCCCGCGAGCGCUGCUGCGUGUGCGCACAGUCACUCCGGCGUUAUGCUUAUCGACAAAGUUCUCUCGGCAUCCUCGCUCCUGUGGCUCACAUUCUGGGAGAGGGUUCUGUGGUGAUGGUAGAGUUUGCGGUUUCUAUCCUGCUUUUGCCUGAUGUCUACGGCACCCAACCCAGCCAAGUGCACGACAUUGUUGUUACAUGGUCCUCCUGGCGACCAUCAGAUUCAGAUGCUGCUCACCGGGGCCUGCCCGGUGCAACUGGCCGUGGGAUCGUAUCCCCUGAGCUUUCCUGUCUACCGUAACCGGUAAAAUGCCGGAUUCCCCCGGAGCUUGCUGCUCAUCUGUUGCCCUCUCGCUCGCUCGCUCGCUCGCGCUGUCGCGGCGCUUUCUUCGGGAUGAAAAUGACGCGCCUCGACGCGUGUCUGAGCGGAAUGAUCUGCCUCUCCUGUGCUGUUGUUCUCCUGGAUUUGUACAGUUUGUCAGUUGCAUGCGUCGUGGUAGAACGGGCAUUUGCCUGUGUCUGGAAGUGUGGCUAUGUGUUGGAUGAACGAGUAGCAAAAAUAGAUGUUGCAAAAAAAAGGAGGUAAAGAAAACGAAAAUAAAAUUUGGCUUCGCCCGGGUUCGAACCGGAGACCUUCAGUGUGUU